AUGGGUCUCGCCGGCCCCAAACGCCGCUCUAAGAUCGGAAACGAUCCCAACAACAACAACUGGGCCAAAGCGACCGACUCAUUCGGCCACAAGAUCCUUGCCUCGCAAGGCUGGAAACCUGGCGACACGCUCGGCGCCAUAGACGCAAACCACGCUUCGCACUAUACCGUCGGCAGCAACUCGCACAUCCGUGUCCUGUUAAAGGAUGACAAUCUGGGUCUGGGCGCAGCAAGAGGAGGAAACAAUGCAGAGACUUUCGGUCUAAGUCUGUACUCGGGUCUCCUGGGCAGACUGAACGGCAAAUCCGAGGCAGAGGUUGAGAAGCAGCAGACGGCACAACGAGACGUUGAAUUGGCCCUGUACCAAGGCAGAAAAUACGGCAACAUCAACUUCAUCAGCGCAGGCUUCCUGGUCGGCGACAAGAUGGAUCUCAAGUCGACCGUCAUGCCCAACUCCAAGUCCGCNCCCUUCAAAAACACCAACGACGCUUCUUCUGCUUCGGACUCUUCCGACUCUGACGACGACGAGGAAGUUGAUGAGGCACCCAAGGCAAAGAAGGUCAAGGAGUCAAAGGAGUCAAAGAAGGACAAGAAGGACAAGAAACCAAAGAAGUCGUCUUCCAAGGAUACAAGCAGCGAAAGCACAGACGAGUUCAAGUCCAAGGAGAGACGCAAGAAGGACAAGAAGCGAAAGGCUACAGAUGCGUCAGAUUCCGAGGACGAGACACGGGCUGAGAGGAAGGCACGAAGGGCAGAACGACGCGCAAAGAAGGAAGCAAAGAAGGAGGAAAAGAGACGGAAAAGGGAGGAGAAGAAGGCAGCCAAGUCGAGCACCGCAACGCCAUCAACAACCCCGGAACUCCUGCAGAGCCUGCACCAGUGGCUGCGCUAUAUGGCAGACAAAACGUCCGCCAGCGAUACAUUGCGCAGAAGCGUCUCGCCUUCAUGGACCCGCAAGCCAUGA